AAUGAUCAUUAAAAAGUCAAAGUUUAAUGCUGUAAAAUAUAUUUAGGAGCGAUCAAAUACAUUAUUAAAUGUGAUUCUCUGCUCCAUUAAUUAUUUUCAUCGAGUUAAACAUCAUGAAUGGUGACGGUUGUUAUUUAACAUGCGGAGUUGUUAUGGAAUGGACAAAUUCACAGGGUUCAAUUGUGAGAAAAGUCAAUCACCGUACAGCAACUUGCCGUAUUAUAAGAAAUAGUCUUCAGCAAUUGUUAAUUGAAGUUGGAACAGAAAAAUCAAAUAGUAAUGUUAAAUUUCAUUUGCAAGAUAUUUCAUUGUUUAAUAGAUUUAUGGGAGAAGGGAAAGCUACGAUAAAAUUUAAGCUAGAGAAAUGUACUCUUUAUUUAUCCAAUGCUCCCGCUGGCCAACUCAUUAAUUUUUUAAAAAUGAUUUUUAUUAAAAUGCAUGGAAAGGAUGAUGAUAAGCCAUUUAUAAAUUCUAUAAAAGAAAAGUUAUUAGGUAAUCAAGGUACUUAUGCGGAAGACAUUAGUCCUGCUUCAAUCGCCGAAAUAAAAAGGGCUAAAGAAAAAGCCGUUUCACGUAGUACUAUCACGACACCCUCGCCAUCCAAUGUACGAAAAAGAAAACUUAAUGCAGAAAAUACCGCAUCGUUAAGUGCAAAAAUUCCUAAAGCCAAAAAACUUUUUAAUAAUCCUACUUUGCAAGAAACGACUGAAGAGCAAUCAAGAAUAUUACAGUGUGUCUUAAGCGGAAAAAAUAUAUUUUUCACGGGUAGUGCGGGUACGGGGAAGUCGUUUCUUCUUAAGAAAAUUGUUUCAGCCUUACCACCGGAUGUAACAAUGGUUACAGCGAGUACAGGAGUGGCAGCGUGUCAUAUAGGAGGAAUUACUUUGCAUCAAUUUGCAGGUAUCGGCUUAGGAAUGGGAACGAUGGAGAGAUGUAAACAAAUCGUUUCAAAAUCAGUAGCUGGCACAAAUUGGAGAAAAAUUAAACAUUUAAUUAUUGAUGAAAUUUCGAUGGUAGAUGGAGACUAUUUUGACAAAAUUGAAGCCGUUGCUAGAUUCGUAAGAAACAGUGAAAAACCAUUUGGUGGUAUACAAUUAAUUUUGUGCGGAGAUUUUUUUCAACUACCACCUGUUUCCAAGAGAGAUGAAAAGGUAAAAUUCUGCUUUCAAAGCCAAGCGUGGAAUAAGUGUAUUCACAUUAAUUUUGAACUUAGAACUGUUCAUCGUCAAACAGACCAAAAGUUUAUUAAUAUACUGAAUAAAGUAAGAGUAGGACAAGUAACCGAUGAAAUUAGCGAAGUGCUAAAGAGUACUUCUAAACAAAAAAUUGAAAUAGGUGGUAUUUUAGCAACUCGACUAUGCUCUCAUAUAAAUGAAGCUAAUGAAAUUAAUGAAACUCAAUUGAAUAAAUUAUCAGGUAUUUCUAAAGUUUAUAUGGCACAAAAUUCAGACGAAUCUAUGAUGAAAAUCUUAGACCAACAAUUAUCCGUGCCAAAUAAACUUAUAUUAAAGGUUGGAGCUCAAGUUAUGUUAUUGAAAAAUCUUAAUGUAAAUAAAGGACUUGUAAAUGGAGCUAGAGGCGUCGUUGUUCAAUUCGAAGAUGAUAUACCAGUCGUACAUUUUCGUACAAGUAGCAAUUACAAAGUUAAAAUGGAAAAAUGGAGCAUUAAAGUUGCGGGUGGAGCAAUUGUAUAUAGAAAACAAAUACCAUUGAAACUCGCUUGGGCUUUUUCCAUACAUAAAAGCCAAGGAUUGACAUUAGAUUGUGUUGAAAUGAGUCUCGCUAGAGUAUUCGAUGCCGGACAAGCAUACGUAGCACUAUCGAGAGCUCAGAGUUUACAAACGCUAAGGGUUUUAGAUUUUAGUGCUCAACAAGUAUGGGCGAACAAAGAAGUAUUAAAUUUUUAUAAAAAAUUUCAAAAACAAAUAGAGCUAACGAAGAUAAUUCCUUUAGGGAAAAAGUUGAACUUCGUGUGAUAUUUUAAUGUGCAUUAUUAAGAGGAUGGCGUUGUUGAAAAUUCUUUGGAAAUAAUUAAAUUUCGUCGCUAUCGAAUUAAUUAGAAAUUGAUCUAGUUAUUUUCAAGAAUAAACAAAUGAUCGUCUUGACUAAUCUAAAUUGAUUAAUUAAAAACAAAAACAACAAAAA